AACAAACAACACACACAUAGAAACGGGGAUAUGUUUAGGCUCACAGGACAUGAUUGUGUUGAAUCAACGAGGACACUGGAAAAAAGAGAGCUGAGGGCAAUGUCAUGCAGAUUAUUUUUGAUGUACAGUGAUGUACCAGUUCUCCCAGGAGUUACGCUCCCAUCCAGCAGGUGGCGGUAUCUCAUAACUUGGUGACCUGGUAGCAACAAAAUGACCAUAAUCCUGCGACUGAAAGGUCUGGAUGCCAAGGCGGGUAUUGAAGAUAUUCGGGCUUUCUUUGGCUCUGUGCGAAUUCCUGAUGGUGGAGUGUGCAUUGUGGGAGGAAGGCUCCAAGAGGCCUUUAUUGCAUUCAACACAGAAAGAGAGGCCCAGCUGGCCAUGCGGCUGACUGGAAAUGUACUCAAAGGCUCUAAGGUGACUCUGCACAUAAGCAAGAUGGAGGAGCUGGAGCAUAGAUUAAAGACCAUUUUAAAGGAGAAGAAGAAAGCCUCCCACCAUGCUGUUAGACUGCGACCACGUGCAGCUGUAAAUCGCAUGAGUUCAAAUACGAGGCCUCGCGAUAAUACUGCAAGUCUUUCACCUUCUUCUACAUACCCAGUUAGUCCUGCUUGUUCAAAUCUAUCUGUGAAGGCACAGAAUGUUAAUCCCAGUACUGCAGAUAUACAGACUUCAGAUGCACAAUCUCCUGAUCCCAGUGCAGCCUUUCUUCUUGGGAUUUGUACUGUUCUCCAAGGUCUUCAGCCAACCCACCAAAGAGAUGUCAUCAUCGCAGACAGUCCUGCUGCUGUAGGGAAAGAGGAGAGGACACCAGAGCAAACUCUAAACUCACAGCCAGGCUACGUCAGGCUCUUUGGUCUGCCACCCUCAACCACAAAAGAUGAUAUCUGCCAUUUUUUCAGAGGGCUGACUGUACAGGAAGCCAUAGUAAAUGUGAGGUUGGGAUUAAACCAUGGGUGCCUUGUGAAGUUCGCUACAAUGCAGGAUGCAUGUGCUGCUCUUAACUUUAACCAGCAAUCACUGGGCCCCUUCUGCGUGGAUGUUCGUGGAGCAUGUGAGAAGAUAUGGAAUAGCGCGCUGCAGGAAUGUGAAGAUGCCGUUGAUGUUGAGGAGAUACAAGAACGCCACCAGUACCCUCUUAAAGAAAGUGUAAACCACAGGCAAAAAUCUGCUUCUGUACUGCGCCCCAAGAGGAAGUACAUCAACCAGCUGCUAACUAAUGGACCAAAAAAGCUAAAAGUUGACAGUGAGUCAGGAACUCCAGCUGUGGAGUACAUUGUUAUGGUAAGCAAUCUGCCCAAAACAAUGACCAAGACUGAAAUAAAAGAGUUGUUUGGAUGUGCAACCAUUCCACACAAAAAUGUACUGCAUCUGCUCGACAAAGAAGGCAACAGAACAGACACUGCUUUUCUCCUUUUUAAUCAAACUGAAGAUUUUGACUAUGCAAUGAAUCUCACUGGCUGCCACGUAGGCUCCAAUACUAUUACGGUCUCAUCAAUCACGAAGGAGGCAAUGAGAGAAAAGAUGAGCAAAAUGCAUCUUAAAAGUCUCAAGCAUCAUCUAAAGCCCAAAGACCCAAGAACGAAACCAAAUCUAAAGAGGAAAUCUGGCCUAGUUGAUGCCUCUGAGGGGUCACUGGAUGCGGACAUGGGCCUGGAAGCUAAGACUUGCCUGUUUAUAAGAAACAUGCCGGCAGAUGUGCAGAAAGAUCAAAUCAAAAGCCUUUUCAGCAAGUACAAAAUAAAGAAGGACAACAUUGCGUUACUGCGCAACAGUGAGGGAAGUGGCAUCGGUGAGGCCGUGAUUCAGUUUAAGUCAAAGAAGCUUGCUGCGCUGGCUCAGAGGCUCCACGGGAAAGACUUUCUGGGGACGAAGGUGCUUCUGACGUGCAUUACCAUGAGGCAGAUGGAGGACAUCUUGGCAAAAUAAGUUUGACAAUUUUUAGACAGCGCUCUAAUGUGGACACAGCUGUGCGAGACUGUUCAAAGCUUUAUUCAUUCAUUUAUUCGUUCAAGUUUUUGACCAGUUCUGUUUGUGGCAACAUCUCUUGCAUGAAACAUGAUUCUGCAUUUCUAAUACCUGCUUCCUGUUCAUAAAUCAUUUGUACUGUUUAAAAUAAAUCCUGAAAUACUU